AUCCGCGGCUACUGUGAUGCUGCUGGUGCUGCGGGGAGUCUGACAGAGGGAGUGUCUGUUCCAUGCGUCGAUUAUUAUUGCUCUGCGUUCGCUCUGUAUCCAAAAGGGAAGCGCCCGAGAAGACUCGGAAGAAACCGAAGCCCCGGCCGAAAAGUGCUGACCCCAAAAACUGAGGUGGACAUAUUUGGUCUUGUCGCCUUAUCCAAGCUGCAGUCUGUAUUUGCUGGUUGGUCAGGGCGAUGACUCUGCCCUCGGCCCAUGAGUUUCACUGGCAGAGCCUAGCAUCUCUCUCCAGUGGCCGUGUGUAUCACUCAUUGGCUGAUGUUGGGGGGCAGCUGUAUAUGGUAGGAGGUUGUGAUGCAUCGGGUCGACCAACCAGUGCUCUUGAACUCUACUGCCCUGAGGUGGACCGCUGGGUAAGUCUUCCACCGAUACCCACGCCGAGAGCCGGGGUAGCAGUGGCAGUCUUAGGGAAGCAGCUCCUGGUUAUCGGUGGGAUGGGAAAGGAUCAGCGCCCCUUAAAGGCGGUGGAAGUGUACAACACAGAAGAAGGCAAAUGGCGAAAGAGAUGUUCGUUGAGGGAGGCGUCCAUGGGGCAUUCUGUAACUGUAAAAGACGGCAGGGCUCUGUCUGGGGGAAUGGGAGCAGACCUCCUACCUAAAAGUGUUCUCCAGCAGUACGACCUUCGCAAGGACGUGUGGGCGCUUCUCCCGCCCAUGCCCACCCCUCGCUAUGACACCAGCGUCUGCCUAAUGGGCUCCAAAAUCUACGUGGCAGGUGGACGUCAGUGUAAGCGUUUGGUGAAGGCAUUUGAAGUCUUUGACAUGGAAAGCCGCACCUGGUUGUCUCUACCCAGUCUGCCUUGCAAGAGAUCAUAUUCUGGGGUCUUAUGGGACCGAGCAGGACGUCUCUGUUGGUUAGGAGGCCUCAGACAAGGAGGAAUACACCAAAGUUCCAAGUUUACCAAGAACGUAAACAUCUUUGACACCAACCAAGGAUUAUGGUUGAAAUCAGAGGACACGCUACCUUUGAAGACUAAGCGAGCGGACUUUGCCGCAGCCUUAGUACGAGGGAGGAUGAUCGUGGCAGGGGGUUUGGGCCAUCAACCAUCAGUGUUAGACACUGUUGAAGCGUUUCACCCUGAAAAAAGGAAAUGGGAGAGGCUGUCACCCAUGGCCACGCCUCGUUGCUCCACCUCCAGCAUUGUAAUUCGUGACCGCCUACUGGUAGUGGGAGGUGUCAAUCAAGUCCCAAGCUCCGCCCAUGAGAUUCUGUAUGUAAAAGAGGAGGAGAUUCUUUAACUGCCAAUGUUAAGAUUUACAAAAAAAAAGUUGCCUUCAAUGAUCAGUAGAACACUAAAUAUUAAACUACGGCCAGAAACAUACUCUACGCAAGUACGCAAAUGCAGAUGUGAAUGCUUGAACAACAUAUUGCAUGCAAACAGUCCUGUUGUACGUACUGUAUUUUGGGAUCCAAAUGUCUGAGACCACUAGUUUAAAAUGCCUCUAUUUUGCGUUUUUCUAAUUUAAUACAAACAAUUUCCAUUACAAAUUAUAUCAUAACCAUAACAAUAUGAGUGAAAAGAUGAAUGGAAAAAAUUUCAAUAUACUUGAUAAAGUAUAUACUUUGAAUAUCUCCGUUUUGCACUCAAUCUAUCAUCGACUUUGUGUAAAACAUAUACGGUAACAAGUCUCAGUACUCAAGGGGGCAAUACACUUACCUUCAAACAUCUGUGCCAAUAAAGCAGAUGUGUUAUUAUUAGUGCUGUCUAUAUAGUGCUAUUAAUUUAGUGUGAUUUAGUAAAUAAAAAAUACUGCGUCAAAAACUGAAGCAAUUCAAGCUUGAAGUACAUGUAAUGUUGUUUUUUACAAGCCCUGUCAGCAGGGGGCAGUCGGCGUACUUCAACAUUCCUCACAAGCAGCACACCUGCAGAGUGAGAGAUGGUCAAACGGGACGUGUUCUUGACAGCUGGUAGAAGCUCAACAGAAUUCAGGGAUCUUAAGACAUAAUUUACAUAGUUUCACUACUUGACACAGCAUCCUAAAAAAUUUGGCAUUUAUGACACUGAAAACCAGUGAGAUGCUCCAAGAGCUGGGGCUGGGAAUUGAUUCCAAAAAUAAUUAAUUCUUCGAUUCUGAGGAGAUUUCAAAGCUUGGAGUCGACUCUGCCCUGGGGAAUAGACACUGCUCAGGGCCGUGUCAUGUUCCGACAGCCAUCAGUAACUCGCUCCGUUUGUUCAUCAAUUAAUCUGUAUGAAUCAAUCGCACAAGCCCUUCAUCACAUCAGACAGAUGUUUUCCAGACCGACGUUUGUGGUCUGCUGGUAUUUUACUUUGGAAUUAAAGGAGUAAUCAAGUAAAAUGCCAUGUUUGUGACAGAAAAUUGGCAUAAAAUAACAACUUUCCAGAUGUUAA